CAGCUGGGGGGGCCGCUUUUGCCCCUGCUGGGGGAGGGGUGGGGUGCCAGCCCAGCGCUUCUCCCGCCUUCCGCGGGGAGGCGGGAAUUCUUGGUCUUUAGGGAGGAGGGAAGUGCGAAGGCCCUGCCCCGAGGGCGAUGCCUAUAGCACUUACAAGGGAGAGCUGGGGGAGGUAGAACCGCAUCCUACGAAGGGUGGACUGCGGCCCCCUUCCUCCAAGCUCUCGAGCACUGGAGGCGCCACCAGUUCCUUCCUGGGCGGGAUGGCAGGCAUUUGGCACCUCAGGGUGGGCCCUGGAGAGGAAGUGAUUCAAUUGCCCACCUGCUACCCCAACCUGAUCUCCAGUUUCCUGUGGAUUUGUUAGAGGCUUCAAGCUUUAACAAACCUGUCUUAAAUCAUUUCAAAAACAUUUUCUUGUUAAAAAGAAACCUGUUGCUGCAGCUGAGUGGUAUUUGGUCUCUAAGCCCACGUGGGAGGAAAGUUCUGGCAUCUUUAUCUAAGUGAAGCCUUACCUAAAACAGAUUUCCAGCCCUGGGUUGCUUUUCUGUCCUGCAUUGUUUACAGUUAUCUCAAAGGUAGUUGCAAAAUUCUGACAGAUAAUUUCAGUUUACUUUGAUUCAGUUUAAAUGUUAAUGCCCGUUUUAUAUAGUGAUAAGCCUAGUGAGUGCCAUUAGUGCUGUCUGUCUCACAUGUAUUGCAUUUAGGAAAAGUUGGAAAUCAUAGGUCCAGCCUUUGAUUGAGGAAGUUUGGUCUCUUGGAAACAGUCCUUGCCCUUGGCCAUACCUGUCAGAUACAAGUUGGUAAUGGUCUUGGUUUUAGAGCCUUGAAAGAGGGUAUGGGGUUGCAUCUGUUGUUGCAGUUUCAGUGACCUGAGUAAAAUGAGGCUUUGUGCUUUCAGGCAGUAAGUUUUCUUGGGUACAAUAAAAAUAGAAAGGGAACCAGUUUCUGAGGUUGCAACCAGGAGGUUAGAGAACAGAGCGAGGGGGUGGUAAACUGAAGUGAAGAAGUGGGUGGACAGGUGAGAGAGACUUGGAAGGACAGAAUAGGGUCAAAGGAGGAUGGGGAGCAGAGGAAUUAAGAGACUUGAGAGAUGGGAAAAAUAUUUUUCCCUUAAAAAUCAGGAGAUCUCAUAUUUUAGAUCACUGCAAAGCAAAUGCCAAGGAAGUCAGAUGAUGGUAGAAUGGCAGAUAGAGAAGUGCUCAUGUUGUCUUGUGGAACUUCACUUUGGAACUUCAGUUUUAUCUGAGAUUUUAUUUUCCUCCCUUCAAAUUUACUAAAUUCAGCUUUCAUAAACAUCCCCUCAUUUGAUCCUCGUGAUAGAUAAUCUGUGUUUGAUGUUAACAGCCCCUAUUUCACAGAUGGGUAUUCUCAUCCAUAUUGAAGUUCAGAGACCUCAAGUGAAUGACAGAGGUCUCUAAGUUUUAGUCCACUGCCUCUAUGUAAGAUACUUAAGUGGCCAUUAAUUUGCAGAAUUUGCCUGAUAUUUCAGAUGUCUCUACAGCCUCAUUUUUAAUCAAUUUAUUGUGACAAUGUGGUUGGUAGUAUGCUGGGUUAAAUUAGAAGGGAUUAGAGCAUAUUGGAUAAUUUCUUAACAAGCCAGGACCAGGGGAAGUUUCCCAUCAGCUUAAUGCUCUUUUCCUACCAUUCCUAAGCUUCUUUUAAGGCUGACUCUUAAGGGAAGCGAUGAUGGUGGGGUGAAAUAAUAACUAUAGCCACUACUUAUUUAGCUUUUAACAUUGUACCUCUACUAUGCUAAGUGCUUUAUGUGCAUGAACUCAUUUAAUUCUUGUGACAACUUUAAUGCGGUAGGUACUAUGAUGAUCCCUAUUUUACAAGGGAGGACAGUUGAAACUUCAGAUUGUUAUCAUUGUAUCUUUCCCCACUGAGACUUCUUAAAUUUUAACACGCUUUUAAAAAAAUUAUUAUUUAUUUUGGGCUAUGACCAUGGCAUGUGGAAGUUCCCAACCCUCGCUGCAGUUGCAACCUGUGCCACAGCUGUGGCAACAGCAGAUACCUUAGUCAGUGGGUCAGGGAUCUGGCAGUGCUCUGAGCUGUGGUAUAGGUUGCAGACGUGGCUUGGAUCCCGAGUUGCUGUGGCUCCGAAGCAGGCUGGCAGCUGUAGCUUCAAUUCAACACCUAGCCUAGGAACUUCCAUGUUGCGGGUGCGGCCCUAAAAAAGGCAAAAAAGUAAAUAAAUAAAUAAAAAAAAAAUGACCUUUAUAGGGCUUUCAUAUUGCGGCUCAGCAGUAACGAACCUGCCUAUUAUCCAUGAAGAUGCGGGUUUGAUCCGUAGGCUCGCUCAGUGGUUAAGGAUCCAGCAUUGCCGUGAGCUGGGGUGUGGGUCACAGACUCAGCCCAGAUUUGGCAUUGCUGUGGCUGUGGUGUAGACCAGCAGCUACAGCUUUGAUUUGACCCCUAGCCUGGGAACUUCCAUGUGCCGCAGGUGAAGCCCUAAAAAGCAAAAAAAAAAAAAAAAAAAAAAAAAAAAAAAAAUAGCAUUUAUAAAAUAACUGGAAAUCUGAACUAAAUAUUUUAUAAUAAGGAAUUCUUGUUAUGUACAGAUGAAAUGAUGUGAUGCCUGGGAUUUGCUUCAGAAUAAUCUGGUAAAGGGGGCAGUGGGUGGGACAAGAUUAGCAAUGGGUUGAUAGUUGUUGGGGCUGAGUGAUGGGUAUGGGGGAAUUCAUUAUACUAUUAUAUGUCGCUUUUCUAUGUUUUAAAUUAUAAUAAGUAGUUUUUAAAUGAGGAAAUAAAAUUUUGAAAAGAAUGACUUGUGUAAGUUAAAAAUUAUAUGUAUAUGGUAUUGUUUUGCAUGCUUUUACUCCUAGACCUUUCAGAACAUCCUGUGAGAAGCUCAGAAGAGCCAGCUCUGUGCCUCUGGAUGUCAGGUGGCAUAGGAAGUGAUGUUUUCAGUGGUUGAGAAGAAUAUUGGUCCUGUGAGUGCACAGUACAGUUUGCAAGAAGGUGGGAGUCAAUCAUUUUGACAAGUCUCCUGAAAGGAACAGCUAGCAGGAGCUGAACCCUUUUUCCAUCUGGUCUCGUGGCAAAGGCAGAGAUCACUGCAGCUCUACACAGUAUGACGUGCUCACUAGUGCCCUCUGAACAGUCUUCUGGUGCCUCUCUCUUGCCUAAAGACAGUGCCCCAUUUUCUUGGGGUUCCUUGGAUGAAGAUGGAUUGGAUGACUCCUUGCUGGAGCUGUCUGAGGGAGAAGAUGAUGGCCAUUUCAGUUUCACGGAGGAAGAGAUUCAGGAGCUCUUGAAAGAUGAUGACCUAUCAAAUGAGCACCUUUCUAAGGAAAGAGGGUUGCUUAAUGGUGACAACAGGAAUGUUGAGAAGGGAGGUAAAGGGAGUCAAAUUCUACUUGACACUCCCCACGAGAAAAAUUCAUUGUACAACUUGGGACCAGUUACUGAGACCCCUGGCCUCUUCAAACUACCUCAACUAAGUACAUCAGUUGGUCAUGGACCAACUCCUAAACCAUUGAACCGACGCUUUGCACUAGAAAAGAAUCUUAUAAAAGUAACAGUUGCACCAUUUGAUCCAAGAGUUUGUGAUGUUGUACUUGAUAAGGACAAGACUGAUACAUCCAAAGAUAUUGAAAAACCCUCCUCCCUUGGAGAAGAGAUGAGAGAAGAUGGUCUUAGUCCAAAGGAGAACACACUUUGCACAGAAUCUGAAGGGAUCAGCCCCAGUAACUCUGCCUAUAAUGGGCCCCCAUUCCCUUCUUCAAACAAUAACUUUCAACAAACUGUCUCUGAUAAAAAUAUACCUGACAAUAAGAAACCCACACCUGCAUCCUCUCAGAUCUUGGACCAUUCAGAGACUCCUAAUUUGGGGUCAUCCUGGAGAAACAGGUCACAUAAACCAAAUCUUGAAGUGAAGUUUCCGGUUGUUUCCAGUUCAUCAAACAAAAAGGAUGUUCUUGACAAGGAUUCUGGGAAGCUGAAGGUCCAUGAGAAAAGACUAGGCAAAGUCAUUCCUGUUCUGCAAGCCAAAACAAGGACUAAUGUUCCGACGUCUUCACCAUCAGAUCUAGAAAAGCAGAAGCAAAGUUAUCUCCGGAAUGUCAUAGCUCAUAUAGAAGACCCAGUGGACUCCAACCAAGGUGCCUUGGGGGAGCUGUGUACCUUGAUGGAUCAAGUUCAUCACAUGCAGAACCAAAAAUGGCAGCAUCCUUCAGACCUCACCAGGCGUAACUACGCCCGGUUCCGACAGAAGUCUCUGCAAAGAUACAGUCUGACUCAGUGGGUUGACAGGAACAUGAGAAGCCACCAUCGGUUCCAGCGUCUACCGGAUUUCCAAUACAGUUCGUUUGUCUCCUCCCAUCAGCAGUGAAGGUCCCUAUCCAGGGUCCUGUCCAGAGCAGCAUCUCAUCUUCUUCUGUUGUUUCGUGCUAUGUAGAUGCUGAAUUUUAUUUUUCACAACAUUUUAUUUAAAGAACUUGUCACCUUUUGGAAAUGCCCGUUGCUGACUUGAAAUUUUUUUGUAUAAGGUGCUUCUUGUUUGUGUGUGUGCGUGUGUGUGUGUUUGUAUGCAUUUAAGCAGUGUUGAGUUGAUAUAGUUUUAAUUUUUUAAUUUAAAUUGAAGGUGGCUGCCUCUCGAAAGCCAGCAUUAAGCCGAAACACCCAGGUUCGAGCAAAACACCUGUCUCUCUGCAGAGGUGAAGUCUACUUCUGGUGCCCAAAAGAAAUUAUCUUUUAAUCUCCUGUGAGGAAGAGAUUCUUUAUCAGGCUGCAAGCCAGUGUUAAUUCUUGCUAAUUGUUAAUCGUAAAUGGAUACAAGUCACUUUUAACAGCCCCUCUUUCUUAUUUGAGUCUCUGAAUAUUUUAAAGUUGGUAAUCCAGGACAUUUGAAGUAUUUGAAAAGACAAAUUAAAAGUGUGUAUCUUUUCUUUUUGUACCUACUAGCUGCCUUUAUUAUUUUUUUUCAUUCUUCUUUAAAUUUAUUUUGCAAAUAGUGUUUAUAAAUCUUAUAUAAUCUUAGCUGAGACAAAAGACUGGUGACUAGCAAAUAACCCCUGUUGAUUUGUGAUCUUGUGUCUGGUCACCUUUUCUGCCUUUCUUCAAGGAUUUUUUUUUUCCUCCAGUGACCUUAUGGCUCUACCAGCACAUUCCUGUAUCCUGUUAGACAAAGAUAUGCCUCUUAGGAACAGCCUACCUGCACUCUUUCCUGAAAAGCUACCCACCCAGAGUCUUGACUCUAGGACAGGCCAGAAAGCCUGAGAGGCCUAGCCUAUUAGGUGUCAAUUCAAGGUGAACCCCAACCCCAACCUCAAAUAUGAGCUGGCGUGUUAGUCAGUGAGCCUCCGUCUGUAGGAGAGACUUUGGAGAGGCGGUCUUUUGUCUCCAUUGUUAGUUAAUAAGAGGUGCCUUUUGAUCCUGGAUGUUACCAUCUCACUUGGUCAAACCUCUGAUGUAUAUGUUUACAAGACUACUAGAGUGGAUAUAAUAUAGUUUUGAUUAAGCCUGUGCACAAAGCCUUACCUGAUCUUAAGGACUGGUAUUCCAACCCAAGCUGGCAGGCUUUGUUUUUUUUUUUGUGCAGCCGUCUUAAUGGAUGUCCUAGGAGUUUGUUAUUCUCUUUACAGACAGCUGUAGACAUCUCUUGGGAGAUUUUGUAGUCUGGCGUUUGUGCUGCUGUUGUUCACUGUCUGUGAAGAUUGUACCUGGUUGCUGUAGCAUAGCCUGUGACACUGGGCUCGCUGCCUGUGUCUGGUUUUGUUGUCUUUGUAUGCAAGUAAUCCAUCUUAAACACCCUACCCUGCUUUAGAAACUGACUUGGGAAAAGCUUGGUCAUAGUUACCAGUAAAUUUAGCUGGAUGUCCUUACAUGUUAACUAUUUCUAUCUCGUCAAGUAUUCUCUUUUCCUUGGAUAUCUGGUUUAGAAUGUGGGGCCAAAAUACAAAGGAGAAGUUCUGUUCAAAGGCAAGAGUCAAAAUCUUUUAUUGCAGUUGGCAUUUACUAUCUCAGUCACUUCUCCGGGUUUCCCUAAAUUAGCUUGAUGGAGUGAGAGAAACAGACAUCCACCUUUGGAACAGUAGCAUAGUUAGAAUUAAUAGUAGCUAGGAUAGCUAGCAUUGCAGUUGUCUGGUUCCCCACAGACAACCAAGGAGUAAAGGGACAGCCUUUUGCUUAGACUCAGGCUCCUGCCUCCCUGGUACAGGAGGGCCUAAGUCUGAUGUGUAAUGGGAGCAUAGCCUUUGCCAAAUCAAAUGAGUGACGGGUUAACUAGAAAAUGUGACAAUCACAUUUCCUUUUGCUCAAAUAAUUCUGUUUUUCCCAAAGCUUUAGCAGCUAAAUUAAAUCUGUUGGACUGGGGGAGGAGAGAACUGUUCCCUAACGGUUAACAUGGUAUUCUUUAAGCAGAAAAACAAAGCCAAAGAAAACUCAUUAUCAGGCAUGUUGGCCUUAAAGAUGGUAGUGGGUAGAAUCUGGAGUUUUAAUCUGUUUUUAAAGCUACAUUUCUCAUAUUUGGUUUUGGCCUCUCAGUCUAAUUUUCAUGUAGAAUUCUUGCUGGGUUGUUUUAUUUGAGUAAGGAUUGUGUGCGUUUAACGGCCUACCUAGCUUUCUUCCUCUGUGAUGACAUUUCACCACAGGGGUCUUGACAAAGCAGAGUAGAAAUGUGCUGUUUACAUGGUUUACUUGUAAGUAAAGAGCCUGCAAUAACCUGUAGUUUUGCAUCUAAUGCAGACCCCGAUUUACUUGUCAGGAUCAGUUAUGAAACUGAAGUUUGGCGCCUCCUCUUUAUCAUGUUUUUCCCCUUGUAGCAGUUGUGUUUAAUGUCAUUAAAAAGAAAAUAAAAGUUCUUGUCAGUGGCUUA